UCGACCAGCGCCGUCACCGUCUUCGACCAGGACAGGAGGAAACGCAGAGCUUGGCGCGAGGCGUGUUUGUUGACGAGAAAUCGCCCGAAAAUAACCGUUCCCCGCAGACACGGUCAGAGCCGAUCGCAAUAAUUGCGACAGACGUCGCGUCGUUUCGCAUUCGUCCGUUGUUUUUUGUUCCAUAUAAUACGUUUGCCGGGCGAUGAAAAAUUUACAAACACAAAUCGCUGCAGCUUUGCUGUUGACGCUGACGUUCUUCUUCACCCACGCCCUGCGCCAUGAUUCAGAAUACAGUGACGAGUAUAAGCGAGACAAUAGCAGAGACAGGAGGGAAUCCGCGGUUGCAGGAUUGAUACCAUUUCCUAGAGUCGGGAGGUCUGGUAUCAACUCUGCUUUACAAAUGGACAAUUUGUACGACACCCAACGGGAACUGAGAAGUCAUAAACGAGAAGGACUCAUUCCGUUUCCCAGGAUUGGCAGAAGGAGUGAAUCGAAGAACACGGCUCUCUGGUUUGGUCCUAGGUUAGGACGAUCGAUCGUGAUACCAGAAAGCUAUGAUACGUCGUACAUGGAUUCAGAUACGCCAACGAUCAUAAAAACGUUGAUCGAAAUGAAAAGCAAAAACUUUGGUGAUGAAGACGACAGUCUAAUGUAACAUUGUGUUGUGGGCUUUUAAAUUUAUUUUACUUUUCUUAAAAUAUUUUCGUGAUUUAGCUAGUAGUGCAAUAGUAUACAGCUGUAAAACUUAGUAUUUGAUACUUACUUACGGAAUUUUAUUUUGAAAUCAAAUCGUUAGUGUUGAUGUUAAUAAUAUAAUAGAUACAAUGAAUGAAUAAUUGUUUAGUGUAAUUAUUUAAUGAUCAUUAAUAUUCAUUAUAUAAUAAUAAUAUUAAAAAUAAAAAAUCUAUGGCUAUA